ACUUCAGUAGAUUUCACUAUAGAUCGUAUAGGUGCAUCAGUCAAUCACUUGCAUGUGGAUUAUUAAAAUGUUUUAAAUAAAUGUAGUAUUGUAGGUAAACAACCGGUGAGCAUUCGUCUUCCAUUUCCAAGGUUUUUCCUCAUCAUGGCACUGAAAGUGAUUUUCGUAUUUUCCCUCAUAUUUGGAUUAGUACCUGCAAUAACCGAUGAAGAAUAUGCUUCUAUGCCAGAACUAUUCCAAGUGGACAACUAUGACACCUGUAUGAUGCUUGGCAAAAAAGCCUUUUACUGCAGCAUAACCUACCAAUUAGAGCCUAUCGACCAAAGAAAUCCUCCCAACAUAUGGAGAGUCAUAAAGGAAGCUAGUGCCUCAGAACUCCAUUACAGGCAUGAUAAGCUACACCUAAUGGCAUGUAUUCCGCAAAGGUGUCCAAAUGUCAGAAUUUACAAUGAAACCCAUCCAGAUUUUCACUCACAACUCACAGAAUGCUAUAAUCGGAAAUACAGAACAAUGGAUUUGCGAGGGAAUGUAUUAGAGGUACGAUGUAGAAGUAAUAAGCCGCUGUAUGACAUUGACAACAUGGACUAUAUCGCAGGGGCAAUCUUCACAAUUUAUAUUGCUCUUGUCCUGUUGGCCUCAGCAUACGACUACACCAGAAAAAGCGAUCCUGCAGAAAGUACAAAAAAUACCAAGCCACCUUUUGAAAAAUUUGUUACCGCUUUCUCGAUACCCACCAACUGGAACAAGCUGAAAAGUGUACCAACCGGAGAGGAUUUCGAUAAAUUGAAGUCUGUCCAAGGCAUCAGGGUCUACAUGACUGUUUUGGUUAUAAUGGUACACACUAGCAUAACUUUCGUCGGAGUCCCUUUGAUCAAUCCAAGAUUUUUCGAACAGAGUAACGAUAAUCCAGAUUUCACUACUGAGAUCCCGAAAAGAGGUAUCUACCUCCUGUCGUUCCAUUUUAUGAUGUCUUCUUGGAUGUUGAUGAUCUCUAUGUUGGCUAAGGCUGACAGAAAUGAAGAAAUCACACUUGGUUUCAUAGUCAAAACAGUCAUCAAAAGAUAUGUGAGAUUUUUACCUUCGAUUAUAGUGAUAGUAGGGUUUUAUGCCACAUGGGCUAGACACAUUCCUUUUGGUCCAUUUUGGGAAGGAAUGUGCGAAGAAGUGAACAGAUGUAGGAAAAACUGGUGGGCCAAUAUUUUGUUCGUUCAAAACCAUGUCGAUCGCUACAACAUGUGCCAUAUAGUGAGCUGGUUUUUGGCAGUAGAAAUGCAGUAUUAUAUAAUUUCGCUCUUCUUCAUAAUGGCUAUGGUGAAGUUCAGAAACAAAAUACCAGUUGUGAUUGGUAUCAUGUUGAUGGUGAAUAUUGUCUUUGCAUUUUUGGAUCAUUAUCGACAUGGAUACCCAUCGACAUUAUCAGGAAAACCAGAGGAAACUUAUCGAGUUGUGUUCAAUAAAAAACCACAAUGGCACGACCAUUUUGCUAGUUAUCAUGCCAAUGCAGCAGGUUCCAUCAUAGGUUUGGGUUUUGGCUACUUCUACUAUAAGUACAAAAAUCAGCUGUUAUUCGGAAAAAAAGUAACUGUCCUUUUAUGGUGGAUUUCAAUUUCUAUUCUCAUGGGGUUCGUUUUCUUCUCACCAUUUCUUUAUAAUAUAGAUGCAACUGAGGUUAGUUCUGCUGUAUGGGUAGCACUUUCAAGGCCAUGCUUUGCCUCAGCUAUGGGUCUACUGAUCAUAGGCUUUUCUCAAGGUAUAGGAGGUUUUUAUAAGUGGAUUUUUGAAUGGGGUCCACUGAGUAUUCUGGCAAAGCUGUCGUUCACUGUCUAUAUUGGCCAUACUGUAUUCCAACAUAUCAGGGUGGGACUAUUGUGGUCACCUGUGCACUUUGAUUAUUUCACUUUUGUGGUUUAUUGUCUAGCAGAUAUUUUCGCAGGCUUCAUUUUGGGAUUAUGGCUAACUCUGUUUUUCGAAAUGCCAUCUAACGAAUUGGCUAACAUGAUGUUCAAAUCAAAGAGGGCUGUGCCAAAGAAGAAAGAAUAGAUUCAAAUUAUCAAGUGUCGUCAACUUGUCUUUUAUGUUAUGUCGUGUUCAAGAAAAUAAGGUUAUUAAUGUUAAAUGUUGAACGU